UCGAAGUUUCCGGUAUUGUAAACCACAUGACAUUGCCAGUUUUUGGACUGGUCGUGGAAGCCGGCAGAAAAGUACAUGAAAUCGGAAUGUUUUUAACUUGUGGUUCCAAGUAAAUAUCUGUGAUGAAUCGUUGGAGACCAGUUUUGUUGUUCCGUACUGCGCAAGCUUAUCCACAGCAGAAGUAUUGCACCAGACUGCUGUUGUCAAGACUCAUCAGUGGAUACCCCUUACAGUCUGGCAAUGGACGACUUUACUCCGGAUGGGCAGUCAGUCUCCAGAAAUCCUCAGAAUGUGGUUUAAUUAAGUCAAGAAAUCACUGGGGUUUAGAUUCUCCAUAUGGAUGUCGGUCAGUGACCACGAAAGCGGAGCGACAUGAAGAUUCGGGAUUGUUGCUACAUGACCCCAAGAAAGGUGACCUGGUCUACUAUGGACCAAUGGGUGCAAGAGUCCGUGGACUCAAAAUGCUGUCUGUGUCAUCCAGCCUGACGUGUAUGGCCCUUCUCCCAUACGUCUUCAUGAGGGCAGAAAAUCUCCCCCCAUUCUUACAGGCAACAUGUGGUCUGCUCUCGGGAUUCUUCAUUUUCCUACAGCCUGUCAUCAUUCAUUGGUUGGUUUACCGGUACGUUACAGCCCUGUACUACAAUCAACAGACGAAGACAUUUACAGUGACGAGGUUGACGUUUAUCGGCACAAAGAAGGACAUGACAUUUACAAAGGCUGAUAUAGAAACUGUCGACACCCCCACACUGUUUGAACGUGUCAGGGUGAAAAACAUUCCCCUCUACAUGGAAAAUGACUUCUUUUUAGAUAUUGCUGCCUUCAAAACAAUAAUGAAUUACGACACUGAUAACAAACGUAUAUAAUGUAUUUCAAAGCUUGACAGAAAAGCAGGUGUAAAAAAUAUUUAUUCAAAUUCUAUUAGAAAUUGUAGAAUUAAAUGUCAUGAAAUAAAAGAUUUAAAAAUAA